GGGGCCGGCGCCCGGCAGCAGCGGCAGCAGGAUCCGUGCCCGCCGCCGGUGCGUGGCCAUGUGGCGGGCGCCCAGCCCCGUGCUGCGGGUGGCCCUGCCGCUGCUGGGCGCCGCCGUCUCGCUGUGCGCAGGUCUCAAGUGUGUGUGCCAGCUGUGCGAGCACACCAACUUCACCUGCCAGACAGAGGGUGCCUGCUGGGCCUCUGUCAUGCUGACCAACGGGCGGGAGGAGGUGAUCAAGUCCUGUGUCUCCCUUCCGGAGCUGAAUGCACAGGUCUUCUGCCACAGUUCCAAGAACAUCACGAAGACCGAGUGCUGCUACACUGACUUCUGCAACAACAUCACCCUCCGCCUGCCUGUCGCAUCGGAGUCUCCCAGCAGAGCCAGCACGGGACCAGUGGUGCUGGCGGUGACAGUGGCGGUGCCAGUCUGCAUCCUGUCCCUCGCGGCGGUGCUGGUGGCGUGCACCUGCCAGAGUCGGCGCUGUGCCCGUGGCAGGGCGAAGCAGCCCAAUGUGGAGGAGCCGCUCUCCGAGUGCAACCUGGUGAACUCCGGGAAGACGCUGAAGGAUCUCAUCUACGACAUGACGACCUCUGGCUCCGGCUCUGGUUUACCUUUGCUCGUACAAAGAACCAUCGCGAGGACUAUUGUCCUGCAGGAAAUUGUGGGAAAAGGCCGAUUUGGUGAAGUCUGGCGUGGAAAAUGGUGUGGGGAAGAUGUAGCUGUGAAAAUCUUCUCCUCUAGAGAUGAGCGAUCCUGGUUCCGUGAGGCAGAAAUUUAUCAGACGGUUAUGCUGAGACACGAGAACAUCCUGGGCUUCAUUGCGGCCGAUAACAAGGAUAACGGGACAUGGACACAGCUCUGGCUUGUCUCCGAGUACCACGAGCAAGGGUCCCUGUUUGACUACCUGAACAGAGGCACAGUGACAGUGGAGGGCAUGGUGAAGCUGGCGCUGUCAGUGGCCAGUGGCCUGGCACACCUCCACAUGGAGAUCGUUGGCACACAAGGCAAGCCAGCAAUCGCUCACCGAGAUCUGAAAUCUAAAAACAUCCUAGUGAAGAGGAACGAAAGCUGCGCCAUAGCAGACCUGGGCCUGGCAGUGAAGCACGACUCGGUGCUGAACACCAUUGACAUUCCCCAGAACCCCCGGGUUGGGACCAGGAGGUAUAUGGCUCCUGAGAUACUUGAUGACGCAAUGAACAUGAACAUCUUCGAGUCCUUCAAGCGUGCAGACAUAUACUCUCUUGGGCUAGUAUACUGGGAGAUAGCCCGAAGGUGCUCUGUUGGGGGAAUCAUUGAGGAAUACCAGCUGCCUUACUAUGAUGUUGUGCCUUCUGAUCCUUCAAUAGAAGACAUGAGAAGGGUAGUUUGUGAGCAGAAGCUCAGACCAAAUAUUCCAAACCAGUGGCAAAGCUGUGAGGCGCUGCGAGUGAUGGGCAGGAUAAUGCGUGAGUGCUGGUAUGCCAACAGCGCUGCGCGGCUGACCGCGCUGCGUAUCAAGAAGACCAUCUCGCAGCUCUGUGUGCAGGAGGACUCCAAAGCCUGAUGGAGCUCCCUGGAGGACAAGAGGGGAAUGAAUUCUUCUGUUCACCUUUUAACAUGUGACAUUAUUUUUAUGUUUGGUCUACCUCAGAUAACAUAGUUCAGUAUUUAAGUGCUCAAACCAGAGCACUGACAUCUAGAUUCGUAUUCGGCCACUGGAAGGGGCAACUUUUGACUCGUAGAUUGUGUUUUAUACAGGAAGUCAAUGACUUGCUUUGGUUUUCUAAUAUUAGACACUAGGCUAAUUGCAUAAAGGAGCUUAAAACACCACAGCAGUGAAAAAAUACCUUCUGCUAUUGUGCUUUUUAUCAUACUCAAACCCCAAACAUACUGGAAAUAACUAAUAUUGCUUAAAGCCUGUUUGCAAGGGAAACAACAAGUUUUAUCCUCAAACCAAGUAAAAGACCAAAUUUAAUCCAGCUUUUUACAUAUUUUUAUGCAGGUAUCUGAAAAGGGCCUGUCAGUAAAAUGUAUUUUUAAAUACUCUAUUUAUCAUUACCAAAGCAAAUAAAAAAGAUGAAAAUUCUACUAAGUAUGUAUGUUGUGAACAAAAGCAUCUAGUCAGGUUUUUAUUAACUUUUAUUUUUAUUUUCUCGGUUUCAUAUACUAUAUUAUAGUUAGUAUCUGGAGUUAUUUCACUCUGUUCAUUUGUUUAUUGAGCAUAUUGAUUAAGAGACAAUUUUUAUUUUUAGUAGUAGGAAAAAUAAUAGAGGCAAUACUUUUCUGAUAGAUAUGUAGGGGUGGAAUAGGAGGAAUUCUACCUAAUCUGAGAGAGUAUAUAUUUUUAAACAACAUUUUGCCAAUCUGCCACUGGUAACAUUUUUUUAGUGCCUUUUGAUGUUUUAGGGGGAAGCUUUAACAAAAUUAAUCCUUGGGAGACAGCUGAAACCUGUCAGAAAGGUUAGUUUCUCACUGGAGUGACAUACUGUGCACCCACCUCACUGUGUUGGAGGAUAUGGGGGUGCCCAUGCAAGCAGUGACCAAGGCUUAAUGUUUCAAAUGUACCUGCACUCUGGACUAGGUCACUGUUGCUGUUGUCUGUUGUGGCCUAGGGAUCUGUUAAAAUGUAAAUCUAAAGCGCUGAUGUCCUUGCACGAAGCCAAUACAGCCUAUUCAGAGGCUUCGCAUGGAUUUCUGUAACAGCGCCGGGCUGGAGAAAAGUAUAAACAUGUCUAAUGGCAUUUCCAUAAUACUGCAAGCUAUUGAAAGUGGGGUGUUUUUUUUCAGAAUUCACUGAGGUUCUGGCAUUUUGUGGAUUCUGCCCCACUCCGUGGUCCACACAUUUGAAUACAGUGUAUUUUUUAAUAUUUUUAAUAUUUUUAGUAGCCAAAAUUAUACAUUUCAUAAUAAUAUGGUUCUUCAAAUGUUUUUGAAUCUGAAUGGUCCAUGGAAAUUAAGCCCAGAAGUCUUUCCAGAGUAGUAAAGCUUUGCAAAAAUUCAGUGUAGCACAGGCAGCUCUGUGGAAGCAAGCUGUUUGCUAAGUAUGUUAUUUAAGAUCAAUCUUUGACAUGUAACCUCUUGAACUGGAGCUUUUACAUGGAAAAAUGGGUUAAACAUUUACUGAGUGGGAUGCUCAGCAGUAUCAGUACUCCAUGUUUCAUCCUGACACUAGGACAUUAUGGACACUUUAUAGAUGUUAACUGUGCUGUAAAUAGGCUCUAAUGCCAUUUACCUGUUUGCAUAACUUUUAGUCACUCCUGCUUGUGUUAAAUACUGUAAGUCUUUGCAUGGUCUGUUAGCUGAAAGGUGUGGAGUAUUUCUACUAAAUUGCUAGUAGAUUUUUCUCCAGUAUGCUUUCUGAGACGGAAUCAAAGCCAUCCUAUAGGUUUAAUUCUUGUGUGCUUCAACUGCAUAAACUACACCAGGGAGCUCAACAGAUGCGUUCUUCCGUAGCUGUUGGAAGGGUGAUUGUUGCAACUGCAUGAUCCGAAGCAUGAUGCUGACUUCAGUAUCAAAAUAUUUGCAAACAAAAGAUCCAGCAUUUGUUCUUAUAGAAUAUAGCUUGAAAAAAAUUCCUUAUGUUAAAAAGGAGCAAUCAAAGAUUUAUUUUAAAUGGGAAAAGGAAAUGUCUUAUCCCCUGAAAUAAAAGUAAUUUUAAGUAGUAUUAGGACUGCUGCUUCAAAAGUGUGUAGAAUGUGCAGAUGAGAUGCACUUUUCAGAAUUGCUGUAGCACUUGUGAAGGUGCCUGAAAGGAAAUGGUCUGUCAUUCCAGAGCUCCUGGUGCUUGUGAACCCAGUUAGCUUGUCUGAGAGAAAAAGAAUCGAAUGUUUGUGACCAACCAGAGAAGUGUGUUAAAAUAUGCAUUAAACUGAGUCAUUUAGAACAAUUAACAAAAGGAGGAUGUAUCAAAGAGUGAAGCCUACUCAAGCUACUAGGGUGAUCUGCUAGUAUGGGGUACCCAUGUACAGCUAGCCAGUGGAACUCUGGAAACAAUUCCAGUGUAUUCCUGGAUGUCUGCUCCUCGCAGUGUGAUGCACUUGCAUAAUCACAGCACUGCUGGAGUGAUCAAUAAUGAAACAGAAGUAGUUGAUUAAAAUAGUUCUGAAAUAACUGAAGGAAAUUAUUUUAAAACAAAAAAAUACUGCAGUUUCAAAAGGAGGCCAAGUACACUUGCCCAUACGCUGACAGCAGGUACACCUUUUGUUAGCAGUACAGUUUGUGGUUGAGCAGGUUCAUGACUGCUCAGGAAGGAGUGGUGUUUGCUGACCAGUGUAAAGGAACCAUCUGGUUGGAAAGCCUGUGAUGUUUGUAGCAGUCUCGAUGCAUUGAGACCCAUUGGUGAAAACCAGUUGCUGUACAAAACGCAAGAUGGCCAACGGACACCAUUAGUUCCUCUUACACCACUUUUAAAACAUGUCAGGGUUUUUUUGCCUGAAACGGAGGCAUUCCUUGAGCUUCGCAGGGAGAGUUGUCAGAAUGCUUUCUAGAGAUUUUUCUUCCAUUUUAAAUUGUCCUAUGCACUUUUUACCCUUAGUAUCCUUUGAAAGUAUCUAUGCCUCUAAAUUGUAUGUGAUAACUGCUCCUGGGGAUUCUUUCCCAGGAAGUGGAUUGCAUGGUGGAGGAAUUUGGUGUCUAUGCAGAAGCUCCUCUGGGUCAGGAGCUGUGCUAGACUGAAGUCAUGCUGUGAAAUUAAAACCCCACCAUUUUCGCAUAAAACGCUUUGGUGACCCACUCUGUAGAGCUAGGAGGUGUUUCCAGGAAGGUUUACUGGGUAGCAGGAUGGUAGACUGGUGAGCGGGGACAGUACUACCUGCUCGAGGCUGUGGAUCUGGUGCUGCCACUGCUGUGCUGCUGGCAGCUGCUUGGGUGUUUCUUGAAGCCCUCCCCUGCUCUGGGGAUUGCGGAAGCAUUUGUGCCUGUUGUAGCUACUGCAGUAAAUAUGGUCCCUGCCUUUGCAAGGCUCGUGUGGCUGUUACAAUGCCCUUACACUGCAGCUCACCCAGUUUUUAUUUGCACUGUGGUGUAAUAAAAUUGGACAAGAUGUGCAGGGACGACAUAGGCAGAAGCUUGCAUUCCUCUGCUAUACCGUCCCUGGGUUGCUGCCUGUUUCCCUUGCUUUUUUCCAGUUAAAUCUUGCUUCAGACACCAGUGUAACCACCAUCAGUAACUUCUUUUUAGUUGUAAAUGCCACUUGCUUUUUCCUAUCUAUUUGGUCAGUCUUAUGGAGUAGUGGAUUUUUAGGCCAUGUCUGUCUGACUGGGCUGCACCUCUCGCAGCUCCAGCCCCGGGAAUACUUUCAGUCUUUUCUUGUGCAUAGAUGUUAUGGUCUGUUUGCCCUAGCUUUUAACUUAGCUCAAUAUUUUUGCACUGGUUUUCUUUUUUUCUUUUUUUUUUUUCCUGUGAGGUGAAUGUAUGUUUUAGCAAGCUAAACAUAACUGAGCCAAAGGGUUGAUGUUGUACUGGGCUUUAAGAUGUUUGUAAGCUAUACACUCCUUUAAACAAAACCAAAGAACCCUUGUUUUAGUGGUCUUUUCCCUCAAUGUAGAUUUGUUGUGUUCAAAUUUAAGAGCAGAGGUUAUGCUGAGACACUUCGUGGUUUUAGGGAGCAUUAGGUUUCUUGAGAGUUUACUGAUGUUCCUGCUAAUCUCCAUUUAAAACACAAAUUCUUAAGCUCAUAGAAGUUUCCAAGCUCAAGGAUGCUCAAGACCUGUCACCACAUUCAGCCUCUCCUAAUUGAUGCUUCUAGCUUGGAGGAGUUACUAGUCUUUUAAAUUCACUUCUAAUAACAACAUAAACCUUAAUGCAUGGAAUAUGAACUGAAAGGGAAAGUUAAUUGCCAUAUCUCAAGCACCUAAUUUUUUGUUUCCUUAAGUGGUCCCCUCAAGUACCCCUUGAGAAAUCGAAACUCUAAUCUAUUUUGCACUUUGCUACUUUUAUAGUCAUUUGCACUUAACUGAGAUCAUUCCCUCAUGUAACCCUGUAAUGAAUCCUUUAAUAUUUCAGUCAUUGUUACGUCACUUCUUUUUUUGCAAGAGGUCCAGGAAUUAUAAAUAAAUUUCUUUAGAAAUAUGUUUAGUCCCUACAGCGGGUUCUUAACAUUGAAAGGAUCAAGAUCUUCUUGCAGUCUCUGUCUGGAUCUCAUGUGGCUGUUGGUGGGCUCAAGGAUGUCCUUGGCACAUCCUUGCUCAUAGGAAGGAAGUUUUUGUGUUUCCUUCGUUGAUGCUACGAAUGGCAUCUUACUCUGCCUCACUUCUAUGUGGACAUGCUUAGCACCAGGAUUUCUGUCUGUGUCAGGUAGUGCUCCUGCAUGGCUCCCACCCGUACCACAGAUUUCACUGGGAGGAUGUGUGGGAAGACUCUCUACCACAUUGUUUGUGGUGUGCAGAUAUAGGUGCACAAAAAGUGAUGCAUGUUCACAAAGGUUAUGGCUCAAAAGUUCCUACUGUGGUUUAGCUUCAGUUUUGCAGAGCUGUUCCUUGGCCUGCACGUGGAACCUUGUGCCACUGCGCAUGGGUGCUACCAGCAGCAGCACUGAGAGCUUGUCUUCUCCCAUGAAUUGAACCAUGGCAGUGCCAGCUGUGCGCCUGUGAUUCCAAGUGGUGUGGCAGGUAUCAUACCUAUGUGGCAGGGUACCCCAAUCUGUGUGAAGUUUUCAGGGAAAGACAUCUGUGUUCUGUUUUAACAGGCAGUACAAUUUAUGACUGUAUGGGAAAUACACAUUAAGAGGUACAAUAUAUUUCUACAGAAUAUAAGAAAUGUGCAAUAAGUAAUAACUUAAACUGAAUGUAUUUUUGGCAUAAAUAGAUUGAAUGUAUUUUGAAUGUAGCUGUUAUAUUUGCGUCUAAAUCUGCUGUGGUUUUCAGUCCCCAAAGAGAAAUGCGUGUUUUGUCAGUCUACAGAUCAGUUUCUCAGUCGUCUGUUUUUUAAAGGAGCAUUAAUAUUUUAUCUGGAAGUAUUGUAAUAUCUUAAAACUUCAUAUAGCAGUACAGUGGUAAAAAUUCAACCUUCAUAUUGUGAAAUAUCUACUCUAGUGUACACUGCAGCAAGUUGUUUUCAAAACUACUGCUAAAGUUAUUGCUUGAUAUUGCAGCUGCCCUGGAUGUAAAUAAUUUGUUUCAAUGUUGUAUUUUGUAUGCAUAUUUUACAUACUGGUAUACUUUGGGAAAG